AUGCGGCUGGGGCUCCUGGGCGCCGCGCUGCUGCUCUUGGGCGGCGCCCACUUCAACUCCGAGCACGACUUGCCCUCCAGCAGGGGCAGGCUCGGCCCCACGUGGGGACAGGCCAGGGGUCCCGAGAGGGCUAAGGCCGCGCGAGGCCAGCUCCUGCCCCAGGAGGAGGAAAGGGGGGACGCGAAGGAUUGUGGAAAAGCGCCGCUUAGGGAUGUGUUGAAAGGGCCUCGGAUUAUAGGGGGCACAGAAGUUCAAGCUGGAGUGUGGCCAUGGAUAGUUAGCCUGCAGGUUAAAUACGGCCGUUUUCUCGUUCAUAUAUGCGGGGGAAGCCUAGUGAGAGACAGGUGGGUCCUCACAGCUGCCCACUGUACUAAAGACUCUAGAGAUCCUUUAAUGUGGAGAGCUGUGAUGGGAACUAAUAAAAUACAUGGGAACCAUGCACGUACCAAGAAGAUCAGAAUCAAAGCGAUCAUCAUCCAUCCACACUUCAUUCUGGAAUCCUACGUAAACGAUAUUGCACUUUUUCAUUUAAAAAAAGCUGUGCAGUAUAAUAACUAUAUUCAGCCUAUUUGUCUACCUUUUGAUGUUUUCCAAAACCUGGACCAGAACACAACGUGCUUUAUAAGCGGCUGGGGAAGAACAAAGGAAGAAGGUAAUGUUUCAAGUAUCUUGCAGGAAGCACAAGUACAUUAUAUUUCUCGAACGUUUUGUAAUUCUGAGAGGAGUUACGCGGGAAUAAUUCCUCAUACUUCGUUUUGUGCAGGUGAUGAAAACGGAGAUUUUGAUACUUGCAGGGGCGAUAGUGGCGGACCAUUAAUGUGCUACUUACCGGAGCAGAAGAGAUUUUUUGCGAUGGGAAUUACCAGUUUUGGACAUGGCUGUGGUCGAAGAAAUUUCCCUGGUAUCUAUAGUGGGCCAUCCUUCUUUCAGAAGUGGCUGACAGAUCACUUCUCCCAGGCAAGAGCUAAAGGCAUAUGUAAUGUAAAUAUUUUACUUGGACAGAUCCUCGUAGCUUUAGGUUCUGUUAUCUUACUAGCAAUAACAUAA